GUGUGUGUGUCCAUGUGCGUGAGUGUGUUUGUGUGCAUGUGUGCGAAGCGAUGAGGAUUUUAGUUUUCCUGCAGGAGCAUGAUAAGAGGAGACUUAAAGCAGAGCUGCCGGUGGUGGCGGGAAACAUGCCGGACGCCUACGGGGAGAGCGGCGGAAAAGCCACGCCCGCAGUCGCCGUGAGCAACAGCUGCCCGGCCGACCUGCUCGCCGUCAAGCCAGAGCCGAACAAUGUGGAUGCAAAGGUGCUGAUGAAGGAGCGACAGAAGAAGGACAAUCACAACCUGAUCGAGAGGCGGCGCCGCUUCAACAUCAACGACCGCAUCAAAGAGCUGGGCGCUCUCGUCCCCAAGACGCCCGACCCAGACGCCAGGUGGAACAAAGGAAGCAUCCUGAAGGCCUCGGUGGAUUAUAUCCGAAGACUUCAGAAAGAACAACAACGAGCUCGCGACAUGGAAGAAAGACACAAGAGACUGGAACACACCAACAGAACCCUGAUGCUGCGCAUACAGGAAUUGGAGCUUCAGGCAAGCCUCCACGGCGUUGCUUUUUCUUGCGGCGAGGGCACCCCGACGGACUCGCAGGGCUUCCUCUCUGCUGUGACGCCGUCGUCGGACACGCUGGGCUUGGAGGAGCUGAACGAGCUUCAAGGCGGCGGGGACGCCUUCCCCGCGGACCUGAUGAACCACGCGGGGCUGGCGGCGCUGGACGACUUCGGAGACAUCCUGAUGGAGGACGGCGGCCUGAUGUCACCCGCGGGCGGCGCCGACCCCAUGUUGUCGUGCGGGGCGUCGCGCUGCAGCAGCAGGGGGAGCAGCAUGGACGAUGACCUCUGAGCAAACAGUCAACAAUAACCGCCGGCAUUUCCUCUGACACCGUGCUGCUAACUAUGCCGCCGCCCCUCUGUCAUCUCCCAUUCACCACGGUAACCACACCCUUCUCUCUGUCCCUGUGGUGACCACAUCAUCACCUCCGCCGCCAUGGUCAUGUCAUCACACCUUUGUCACCAUGAGAACCGUGCCAUCCUAAUCUGUCAACAUGAUCACGUAACACUCAUCUGCGACUAUGGUAACCACAUCACCCCCAGCCCUACCCAUCAUGAUGGUAGGCAAAUCAUCCUCUCUGUCACCCUAGUAACCAUGCCAUCCUUCUGUCACCAUGUUAACCAAGUCAUCACCACCAUGUGACCAUGAUAACCUUGUCAUCGCCUCCCAUCACCAUGGUAACCAUACCACUCUUCCCAUCACCAUGGUAACCGCACCACUCUUCCUUGUAUCACAAUGAUGACCAGGUCAUUAGCCCUCUGUGACCCUGGUAAAGAUGUCAACACCCUCCUGUCACGAUGGUAAUCGCACGGCUCCCCUUCACUUGCCGCGGUAAUCCUGUCAUUCCCUCUAUCAACAUUGGAACCCUGCUUUUUUUUUGCUCCGUCACCACGGUAACCACCCCGUCGACCAUCCGCCCUCUCUCGCUCUCUCUCUGUACAUAUGUCAAACGUUGCCAUAGCUACAGCUAGCUCCAUUAGCAUCGUUGUUUGUGCUAGCGUGGAUUUUACCUGUAAACAAAUGCGUUACCAGCUACCACUUGGAGGUCAGUGCCAAAAUGAAUUGAAAAAUGUUUUUAUGAUAUAUAGAAUUGGAUAUAUAAUUUUUUUUAUAACAAUUUUCUAAUUGGUGAGCUUCUGUGGCGAGCAUGUGGAUAUGAAUGUUGUACGUAUGUGUCCGUUUUCUGAUUGAUAGGCACUCAGUCGAAGAGCGUAGCCAAUCGGAGCAAUUUGUCACUUGAUGCUGCAUCUUGAUUGGUCCUGAGAAUGCAACUCCAAAUAGUCCUUGUGUCAUUCCUCUUGAUUUUUUUGUUUUGUUUGUUUCCCUUUACCAAUCUGUUGCUGGUACAAACAUUUUGGGGACCAAAUGCCCUCGUGUGUGAUGUCGUCUUAUUUAGCAAGCACUAGCAUUUAGCUGUCAGAAAGGAACGUGUAUUUGCGUGUGCCAAUGCUAGCUAGCUGCUGCUGACAAACACAUCCGUUAGCAUUGUCCCGUUGAGCAGUUAAAACUUUUCAUGAUUUUAUUUUUUUUCUUAACAGUGAAAGUAAUCUGUUUCAUCAUAGCAACGGACGUUUUGCUGUCGGGAUCAUAAAGGGAGUCGUCUUUGUUGUUGUUUACAAUCAUGUAACAUUGUAUCAUAUCUCUAUAUAGAAACUUUAUAUCGAAAUAAAGUGAGAAGAAAGUA